AUGAAGGAAAACAGCAACCCACAAAGGCCAGUUGCCAAAAAUUUCUCUUGCAAAAUUAGAAAGGAACAAAAAGUUCAUAAUGCUGAUGAAGAGAUUAAUCAGUUCGUAGACACAUUCACAUCUAAACCUGGAUUAAGAAGUGGUAGAACUAGAAAUACAGAUACUUUUACUAAAGAGAAAUCAGCAUUCGAUUUUGAGCCAUACCCAGUUGAUGAAACUUUUAAAGUUAGUACUGAAAAGGGAAAGAAACGGAAGUUAUAUAACGAAAGUGAUACUAAAUAUUGUCCUUUAAUCGAAGAUGAAAGUAGUAAUGACUUUGAUGAUAGAUUUGUUGGAAAAGGUAAAAGAAACUUUAAAUUAAAAAAGCAAAACAAUGAAGGAAAUGGUGAAGUGCUAGAAAAGCCAGAAACUAAAAGUUCAAGGAAAAGGUCAAAUGUCAGUGACAAGACAACAAAUGCGAAGAAAGUUACUAGAGGAUCACUAAAGAGGCAUGCUAGUGACUUAAGCACAGGUAGUGUGGAAAGUUUCAAGUCAGAUGACAUGAACAAUUUGUUAAAUCCUGACAGAGCCUCAAGUAGGUCUCCCGAAUUAUCCCUUGGUGGCCUCAGUCAAAAAUCAGAUGUGCUGUUAGAUGCAGAAGGCCAAUUGUACUCAACACAAUUAUGUUCUAUGAAAGAAAAGCGAGCCAGGGUACCUGUCAGUAAGUCCAGUUUUAAUUUGGAUAUCAUUGAUGAUGACAGUGUUCAGUAUCUAUCCCAGAAUUCAAGAAAUGGAUCAAACCAGGAAAGGGAAACAAUAUCACCAAAUACUUCUCAUAAUGUUGAAGGUGGUUCUACACAAUCAAAUUUCAGACCAAUCUUACCAAAACAAAGUGAGGAUCAUACUAGUCAAGCAAGUCCAAAACAAAUUGGUAAGACAACGAAUGCAAAAAUAAUGAUAAUCCAAUCAUCGCAGAAAACUGUGAAGAAUACAGAGCCCGUAGGGCAGCAGUCAACUUUAAAGUCAAGAUUGUUUGGACAUAUGAGUGACAUGUUUAAGUUGGGGUCAGGCGACAAAAGUUCUAGCAGUAAAUCAAAGAAUAGCCAAGAUCCUCAAGGUUCACAUAUCAGGAAGAAAUCUUUUGGUGAUGAUGAUGACUUGUAUACAGAAACACAAAGAUUUCAACAGACCAAUGACGUUAAUGAGACUGAUAUACAACAGAUCAAUAUGAAGACAGAAGGCAUCAAAACUUACAGCAAGAAACAAGGAAGAAAGAGACAAUUAACUACUGAAGAUACUGAACCAAAUAAACAACCAAAAAUGAUCACAGUACCAUGUCCUCUGUGUAACAAACAGUUUCCUCAGGAUCAGAUAGAGAACCAUGCAGCAGAUUGUAAUGGUCCUGUGGAUGAUGAGAACUCGAGAGAAUCCACAGAUAGUGUACAAAUACAAGAGAUACAAGCGGGAAGAGCAAGCAAGAAACUAGAUCAAGAUGCAGAUUUCAUAGUUGACGAAGGGGAAAGUGAAGAAGAAAGUCCAAGAAAGUCUUUUAGUAUGGAAUGCUAUAUUUGUGACAAGUCAUUUAGAAAUAAGAAAAUGUUGGACCAACAUGUGGAAAAAUGUUUAGAUGAAGCGCGACAGAUGCAGCAUGAGAUUGAUACAAGAGGACUGGAUUCUACAUUAGAACCUGGGGAGAUCCCACCUCCAAAACGUGCAACCAGAUCAGCUAGGACAAUGGAGCCACAUGAAGGGUACUCAUCAGGCAGUGAAGAAGAGAGAGUUACUCUCAGAGAUGUUAUAAAAGCCAAUCAAUCAACAAGUAGUUCAGAAGAAUCUUCAUACAGUGAUGAAUAUGACUGGUCCCCAGCUAAAACUCCACCUGACCAUAAGGCUACAAAUAAAGAGAAUCAGUUACCAGGAGGUUGGACUUUAGAAGAACUUCAGAAUUCUCCAAUUCGAUCAUUUGUACCCAUUUGGAAACAGUCUGAUAAUGAGGGGUUUAAAACUCAGUUUGACAAAGCUAAGAAAAGAUUUGAAAAACAACAGCUUAAGGGAAAAGGAAAGAGAAAACAGAAAGGAACGAAAAGAAAAAAGAGAAAACGAAAAUCAAAGAUGAAGCCGGCCGCAAAGAGACAGAAAUGUUCUGAAUGAUUUAUUGUAAAUACCAAGCCUUUUUCCUGUUUUGUAGGUUUGAUGUUUUUCGGCGAUGGUGCAAGUGAAAUUUUAGAACAGAAAUUUAAAAAAAAUCACUAGUCAUUGGAUUAUAAAACAUUAAGAUAGAAAAUUGAAAGCAAAAAAAUAGGGAGUGGGGAUAUGCACCUAUUUUUAUUAACUCGUCAAAUAUAAUUUUUGUCGAGCCUGCGACUUUUGUCGCAGAAAGCUCGACAUAGGGAUAGUGAUCCGGCGGCGGCGGCGUUAGCUUACUUCUUAAAAGUUUAUAUUUUAGAAGGUGGAAGGUCUGGAUGCUUCAUACUUUGUAUAUGGAUGCCUCAUGUUACGAAGUUUCCGUCAGUCACAUGUCCAAUGUCCUUGACCUCAUUUUCAUGGUUCAGUGACUACUUGAAAAAAAAGUUAAGAUUUUUUGUAAUGUUAGAUUCUCUCUUAUUAUAAUUAAUAGGAUAACUAUAUUUGGUAUGUGCAUACCUUGCAAGGUCCUCAUGCCCGUCAGACAGUUUUCACUUGACCUCGACUUCAUUUCAUGGAUCAGUGAACAAGGUUAAGUUUUGGUGGUCAAGUCCAUAUCUCAGAUACUAUAAGCAAUAGGUCUAGUAUAUUCGGUGUAUGGAAGGACUGUAAGGUGUACAUGUCCAACUGGCAGGUGUCAUCUGACCUUUACCUCAUUUUCAUGGUUCAGUGGUUAUAGUUAAGUUUUUGUGUUUUGGUCUGUUUUUCUUAUACUGUAUGCCAUAGGUCUACUAUAUUUGGUGUAUGGAAUGAUUGUAAGGUGUACAUGUCUAGCGGGCAGGUGUCUUCUGACCUUGACCUCAUUUUCAUGGUUCAGUGGUCAAAGUUAAGUUUUUGAGUUUUGGUCUUUUUUUCUAAUACUUUAUGCAAUAGGUCAUCUAUAUUUGGUGUAUGGAAAUAUUUUAUGAUGUACCUGUCAGUCUUGCAGGUUUUAUUUGACCUUGACCUCAUUUUCACGGUUCAUUGCUCAGUGUUAAGUUUUUGUGUUUUGGUCUGUUUUUCUAAUACUAUAAGCAAUAGGACAACUAUAUUUGUUGUAUGGAAGGAUUGCAAGCUGUAGUUCAUGUCUGCCUGGCAUUGUUCAUCUGACCUUGACCUCAUUUUCUUGGUUCAUUGGUCAAUAUUUAGUUUUCUUGGUUAAGUCUGUAUCUUAGAAACUAUAAACAAUAGGUCAACUAUAUUUAGUGUAUUGAAUGAUUGUAAGGUGUACAUGUAUUUCUUGUUUGGUUUAUAUGACCUUGACCUCAUUUUCUUGGAUCAUGUUAAGUGUAUGUGAUAGUUGUAGUAAAGCUUUAUAUUUAGGACUAUCAACAUAAUAUCAAUGAUUAGUAAAGAAGGCGAGACAUUUCAGUGUGUGCACUCUUGUUGUUAUAUUUAAACAUGUAUGAGAGUUGUGUCAAAGGUUUGAAAUUUAAAAAUACGAGACCGCUGCACACUUUUCAUGGUCACAUGGUCACAUUUUUAAAGGUAUUAGUGUUAAACUCUAUCAAGUCAACCUUUGGGGGAUCAAGUUCAAUGAAUUUAAGAAUUAUUACUUUCUAUUUUUAUAUUGGUACUGUGAAUUGACACUAACUUGCACCUUGAAAGUGGGUCUGUUUAAUGACAUUGCAUUGUUUGAAGUGUUGAGCAUCAGCAGACUUACACAUUUAUGCACUAUUAUCUUUAUUAAUGCAAUAAAACUCAAAUAAGAAAAUUUACCUUUGUUUUAAAAAUGCAAAUUUUCUUUUGACCUGGCAUCUUUAUUAUAGACUGCUUUGUAGUUGAGGAAUUUGUCUUUUCAUUACUGUAUGAACAUUUUGUAGUGAUAUGAAACUAAUUAGAAUUUGUUAUUUUCCAUAUAACAGUGUUUAGAAUUACUGUUUUUGUUUCAAAAUUCCUUCAUUUUCUGCGUUAUUUUGUAUGUUAAAAGAAGUUAAAUAAAAUGCUGAUAGAAUUA